GCCAUAGCUAUUGGUUAAACUACAACCAUAGACUUGUGUGGUUUGGCGAUAGUGACGUAAGCUUUUUGUUGUUGAUUUGCUCGAAGUUCAAGCAAAUCAACUCAAUUUGCUUGAGCUUCGAGAUAAUACAAAUCUAAUCUAAUAUUGUUGAAUACAUAUUUGAACUUGUUGAUCUCGGAAACCUUAUUUGAAAGCUGACUAAUAUCAAUAACCUAGUUUUUAAUAUUAUCAUCCGCCCUAAUUUCAUUUUGGUAAAGCUAAAUUGAGUAUAAGCUUAGCUCAAAAUUGUUAAUUUUUCAAAAAUUUUCGGAAAAAUACAAAUUUCCAAAAUCUUAGGUAACAAUUUCAUGGAUUUCUUUGCGUCUUUGAAUUUUACCCAAAUUCUGUUGAGUACAUACUUCAGCAACUUAGGCGAAGAUGCUAAUUCGAACUUCGUCUUAUCGCCCGUUAGUGCUUUUAUAACCAUGUGUAUGGUUAGCCAUGGAGCACAUGGAGCCACUAGAGUUGAAAUCCACAAAGGGUUGCAAUUUACCGAAACGAGCAAUUAUUGCCAGGAAGCCGAAAAUUUGCUCAAGCUCUAUAAAAACGAAAGCAAUUCUGAUUUUACAUUGAAUAUAACAAACGGCGUUUUCGUGAAUGAGAAGCUUGAAGUUUUACAGCCUUUUCAAAAUAUUCUGACUGAAAAUUAUGAAGCGGGUUUCGAAGCUGUUAAAUUUGGAACUCACGAGGGCGAAAAAAUAGUCAACGAUUGGAUUUCGGAGCAAACGAAUGGAAAAAUCACAGAUGUUCUGAAAAACUCAGAACCUGAAGACUUGAUGGCUCUGAUAAAUACAAUCUACAUGAGGGGGUUUUGGUUCAAUCCUUUCGUUAAAACAUAUAGAAUCAACGGAACUUUCUACUCUCCACAAGGCGAAAAACAAAUAAAAUAUAUGACAACUACUGACUUUUUCAAAGUUUCCAAAUCAAAACUUGACUGUGGAAGCAAGUUUACGACUUUCUUCAUGCCUUACCGACAGAAUAAAACCGAACUAGACUGGGGUAUGUUUAUAAUUCACCCUCAAGAUAAGAAAAACCCCGUCGAGUUCAAAGAGGUUAUUUCCGAGAAACUCUUCGACAUUCAUGAGAAAAGUUACCAAAGGUACGUGAACUUUCGUUUGCCGGAGAGCAGAGUGGAAAGUGAAGUUGACCUUAUUCCCCUUUUGGAGAAAAUGGGGAUCAAGUUGGCCUUCUCGGAUGCGGCUGAUUUCUCGGACAUCAGUGAUGUGCCUUCAAAAAUAUCACAAGUUAUUCAGAAGACGUUCGUAACAGUUGACGAAGAUGGGACCGAAGCAGCUGCAGCCACCCUGGCCAAAGUAGCCCCAAGAAUGAUGCCCCCGAAAUAUAUGGUGGACUCGCCGUAUCUAUUCGCCAUUGCCAACCCCAAGUUGAGGGUGAUUUUGUUUGCAGGAAUAGUGGCUGAUCCCAUGGUUUGAGAGAGAAAUGGCGGCGGAGUAUAUAAUGAACGAACUUAUAUUAUUUUCGCAAAAAAAAUGUUGAACUUGUUUAACUUGACUCUAUAGUACUAUGCUAAAUGUGUCAAUUAUUCCUAGUAUACAGUUCCAGACUUAUGACUCGGAUAAUUACAGCCCACUUUUAAAAGUGUCAUAAUUGCUCGGUCUUUCGGAGAAAAGACAGAAUAGUAGUGCUCGGGGUGUUUUCUUCUUUAAACAAGUUUUGCUUUUUCAACAAGUUGGUUUUGCAGGGAACUUUAAAAUUUAUUUGAAAAGCACUUAUCUUCUGAGCUGACAAUUGAAUAUUUUUGAGAUAUAUAUUUCACAUGCGAUUUUUCUUUGAAAAAUUUCCGGUGUUGUUUAAAAACUGCAAAUGUAGCAAAAAUGAAAGGGUAACGGGCGACAUAAUUCAUCUUAUGAAAGUGCAAGCGGCUAAUUAAAUCAAUCCAGUUGAAUUGUAGGAAUAAUUGAAUUGAUUUGAAUAGAACUUCAAAGCAAUUUACUCUUAUUAGUACGUUACCAGACGCAAAAUAUGUCACUUUUCACUUUUACAAAGC